AUGGAUCCAUCGUCCCUUAUGACACCGACUGGUCAGCGAGCCCAAUCCCUCAGUUUGCCCUCAACUGUCACAGCUGUCAACUCAGCCUCGAGCGCCGCGAGUUCCAGCGCAUAUCCACCUGUUGCCGCCUUCACACGCCCUACCACUCGACAGUCCUCCUCUCCGAUCAGUGCCUCUUUACCCUCGUCUCACAGGCAGCCCUACAAGAGUCCACAGCCUUCUUUCACUCGAUACUCAGUCUACGCUCACCUACGUCGGUCGAACAGGGCCAUCUGGCGCUGGCUCCUCGUCCUCCUCGCUGUCUUGAUUUCCGCCCAACUCUACCUCAGCAUCCGCUCCCACCACAACGACCUCCUCUCUCACCUCCCCAAGGGAUGGCGUUCAGAAUCUCACCGUCUCGGCACCAACAAGAACAAAUACAGACCUGUGAAAUGGCUGAAAGAAAAUUCCUAUCCAAACGAUCUCCAAGCGAAGAGCCCAAAGGCUGCGUUGAUCAGUCUUGUGAGGAACGAAGAGCUCGACGGGAUAUUGCAGAGCAUGCGUCAAUUGGAGUUCCAUUGGAACCGGCGCUAUCGGUAUCCCUGGAUCUUCUUUAAUGAGAAGCCAUUCUCGGAAGAAUUCAAGGCCGCGACCUCGAACGCCACAUCGGCGCAGACAGAGUAUCAUCUCGUCCCCCAUGCCCACUGGGCUACGCCCUCCCAUAUCAACCAGACCCUCUACCACAACUCUCUGGACUACCUCUCCCUGACGUCCGUCGGCAAGGGCCACUUGCUCAGUUACCACGCCAUGAUCCGCUGGCAAUCCGGGCUCUUCUACCUGCACCCGGCUCUAGCCGCGUAUGAGUACUACUGGCGCGUGGAACCGGACGUGCAUUUCUUCUGUGACAUCCCGUACGACCCGUUCCGGUUUAUGCAGGCGACGGGGAUGGUGUAUGGAUUCAACAUGGUCAUCCUGGACGACGCGCGGAGCUUUGCCUCGCUGUGGUCCACGACACGCGAUUUCAUCACCGCAUACCCGGACCUGGUCCACCCCGAAGCGAGCCUCGACUGGCUCCUUGACCCGCAGACGGGGCUGACCUACAACAACUGCCAGUUCUUCUCCAACUUCGAGAUCGGCUCGCUCGCCUUCUUCCGCGAGGACGAGGGGAACAGGAAAUACUUCGACUGGCUCGAGGAAAGGGGUGGGUUUUACUACAGUCGCUGGGGCGACGCGCCCGUGCACACGUUGAGUGUAUCCAUGUUCCUCCCGCCGGACAGGGUGUGGUGGUUCAGGGACAUUGGUUAUCAACAUGACAUCGCGCGGCAUUGUCCACCGCCAGGACCGAGCGAAGGCCUCCCCCCCACGGCCACCACCAUCGUCACCCGUCACCAUACCAGCACAACAAGCACCAGUUCCAGCAUCGUCACCAGCACCAGUUCCAGUUCCAGCAGUGAAGGCGAAGAAUACCGCCACGACCGGUUCUGGCUCCCCGCCGCGGAGGCGCGGCAGUGCACGUGCGAGCCGACGUCUCUGGACGAGAACUUCUACAAGCUCGUCCCCAUGGAGUCGCCGCAGCGCAAGCCCGCCGACACGUGCAUCCGGCUGUGGCUGGGCGGGGACUUCCUCAAGAAGAAAGACGGCUGGAGCCAGGAGACGGAGAGGAUGCUGGGCGGUGACGGGUAUAGUGGGUACGUGAUGGACGGGAUGUGA